AUGAAUGGUGAAGAGGGCCAAGAUCCCCUCCAACUACUUCUGCAAGCCGCAGAUAUGGAACGUCUUCGUCAUCGUGAGGAACAACGCUCAAUGGAUUUACAUUUAAUCCAAAGAGAAAACAAAAGACUCACUGAGGAGCUCAUAAAAACUCAGCUUGAGUUGGAACGUAGUGUGAAAGGGCGAACUUCAAGAAACUCGGACUCUGUCCCUCAGCGAGUCGUCGUGACCCAUAGGCCUGACUCUGCCUAUGCGGUCAAUUUGGCCAGGGACGCUGGGGUGGGGACUGAUUCCCCCCUGUUAUCAAGAACUCUCAAUACUGAAAAUAUUGAUGAUGAUGUUGUGAUGCCACCAAGCCGGCCUGCUGCUGGCUUGGGAUCAGCCGUUAGUGACACUGUUCGUGAAAAUACUAAUGGACAAAUUGGUGCUAUGGCACCACUGUCCCAGAACACUAGCUUGGCAGAUGCAUUGGCCAUGUUUGCCGAUGUGAUCACUAAAAAGGGAGAUGGUCUCCCAAAGAAGGAGACUGUAAGGUUCCAAGGCGACAUAUUUGAAUUCCCAGUCUGGCUGAACUCAUUCAAGGUCCUUGUUGAGGAUAGAUACCCAGACGCCGCGGAUCGUAUGUACUAUCUUGGGCGCUACACAGCCGGAGAAGCCAAGGAAGCCAAGGAAGCCAUCAAAGGACUGCUUCUCAUGAGCAGCAGCGAUGCAUACGUCCGUGCCAAGGCCAUUUUACAGGAUCGUUUUGGUAACAAAAUUCGAUUGGCCCAGAACUUUAGAGAAAAGUUGGCAAAGUGGCCUCAAGUGAAGACUGGGAAAUCUCUUCGUGAGUUCGCUGAUUUCCUGAAUCAAUGCGAGGGCGCCAUGUCAACCCUUGGUCAACUGUCGGUGUUGAACGACUCCCUGGAACAGGAUACCAUACUCACCAAGCUGCCAAGAGGUCUACAGAUCCGGUGGAUCAAGUUCGUCGACAACUGGCAAUACGAGGAUUCUGAGAACUGUCGUGGGGAACCAAGAAAUGAACAUCCGCCCUUCUCGAAAUUGUGUGCAUUUAUCGAAAGGGAAGCAAGGAUCCUUUGCAAUCCUUUACUUGAACGACAAUCAUCUGUUGUAAAUGUUCCCAAUCAUGGCGCUAAACGUGAUCCUCAAUCUGUGCAAAAGGGGCCUAGUCAGAAUGUUUCAAAGGGGUUUAGUGUUUCUGCCUUUGCAACUAAUUCUGAUAUUUCUGGUGGGCGUAAUGAUUCUCAGGUGAAUGUACCUACUGGUAAUAAUUCUGGGGUGAGGGCACCUGCUGUUUGUUUAUUAUGCCAGCGGGCCCACUCACUGGAAUCUUUUGCAGUGUUCAGGGGCAAAUCUUUGAUCGAAAGGUUGGAGUUAGUGAAGGGCAAGGGUCUGUGUCUGGGGUGUUUCAAGAAAGGGCAUAAAAAAUUCCGGUGCCUAAGCAAGAUGAAAUGCGAGGUGUGUCAAUUGACACAUCCCACCCUACUACAUGAUUACUCGCGCCAGCCCGCACCUACCACUUCGCGUACCACAGAUCAGAAUGCCGUUGUGCGCUGUACUAAAACAUAUGAUUCAGAUACUACUAGUUGCGAUUGCGCUCAUUCAUUGAUAGUACCUGUUUCAAUUUACCACAAAGACCACCCGCUGGAAACUACUGUGGUUUACGCACUGCUAGACGAUCAGGCAAACGCUUGCCUGGUCCUUGACUCGGUAUUGGACAAACUAAAUGUACAUGGUGACGCCGUCAAUGUGAAGAUGUCGACAGCAUUGGGCGAGGAAAUGGUGGCAUGCCAGAAAGUAGACGGAUUGGUGGUAAGAGGACUACGCGAGUCAAGUGAAGUGAAUCUGCCUGCCGUUCUUUCCCAUGCAGCUAUACCUGCAGACCCGAGUCAAGUACCGAGACCAGAAACUGCCAGGAAAUGGAAACACCUUGAGAAAAUUGCAGAAGAAUUGACUAGGUACUUGGAUUCAGUUGAAGUUGGUAUUAUAAUUGGCAACAAUUGCACAAAGGCCAUCAGACCGCUAGAAAUUGUGCCUGGGGACGAUAAUGAUCCCUAUGGCGUCCGCACCGCCUUGGGGUGGGGGGUCGUCGGUCGAGUUGGAAAUUCUAACAAUCAUUCGGUUUCAGGUCAUUUUGUCUAUUCUAUUAGUGCCAAAGAGAUGAAUCCCAGCCAAGUUGUUGAGAUGUUCCAGCUAGAGUUUAAUGAGAGGGAGACCAACCCAGAUGCCAAGACAUCAGUCAACGACAAAAGGUUCAUUCAACUGAUGAAAGAUGAGAUUCAUGUUCGAGAUGACGGCCAUUUUGAGACGCCCCUUCCUUUACCGGACGAUGUCAGAAUGCCCAACAACCGACCAAUGGUCGAGAAGAGACUGAAGCAGCUGAAGGGGAGGUUGUCAAAGAAUCAGCAAUACAGAGAAGAUUAUAAGGCUUUCAUGGAUGGCCUACUUAAAAAUGGGUUUGCUGAAAGGGUGCCCGAGGACGAGCUUGACAUGAACAAUGGUAAAAUCUGGUACAUACCUCACCAUGGGGUGUACCAUCCGCACAAGCCCGGAAAAAUUCGGGUUGUGUUCGAUUGCAGCGCGGAGUACAACGGCGCCGUACUGAAUAAGCAAUUAUUGCAAGGUCCCGACAUAACCAACAAUCUUACAGGCGUAUUGUGUAGGUUCAGAAAAGGGCUGAUAGCCUUCUCCUGUGAUAUAGAGGGUAUGUUCCACCAAGUGGGAGUAAACAGGGAGCAUAGAAACUUCCUUCGCUUCUUGUGGUAG